AUGUAUAAGGUGAUAGUGGAGCUGCCUCUUAGCAAGGACCCUAAUCUUGAGUCUAAGGACAAGAAAGGUCAGACUGUGCUCUCAUUAGUUGCACGGGAUGGGCAUGAGGCAAUAGCGAAACUGCUUCUUAGUAAGAAUGCUGAUCUCAAAUCUAAGAACGAGAAAGAUAUAAUACUGCUAUUUCUAAGGAUGAUCGGGGGUGGCCAUAAGGCGACAGUGAGGAUACUUCUAGACAAGAACCCCAACAUCAACUCUACGGACAUUUGGGGUCAGACGCCGCUAUCAUUGGCGGUACGGAGAGAUUAUGAGGCGGUUAUUAAGCUGCUGCGCGAGAAGGGUGGCGUGGAAGGGGACCUGGACGACGGGGAAACAGUCUUAGUGGCAGUUGUACACUGGCAUGUACAUAUGUGUAAGUAUUACCCAGAACCACUUAAACCCUCACUGGCCAGGAUUCUCAGUGCAGGUACAAUGACGGUCCAAAAAUGA